AUGGAACGCAACGAUUUUCGCCUGGCGGCAACCUAUACCAGGGACAGUAGUGCCAAAGCCUCCGGCGGCGUGCUCCUCUUUAUCUCCCGCAGAAUUGUACUGGCUCCCAAGCAGCCUGAACCGCUUCGGAACAGCACCUUGGAGGUGGCCCGCGCUCGCAUCUUGCUGCCUGGACGCGCUGGCAAUCGAAGCGCCGUCAUCGCCGGCAUCUACAGACCCCCACGCAAGGUCCCAACAACGAGCAUGCUCCGGGCCUUGUACACCACUGGCGGCGUAAGCGACAGCGAGGACGUCCUCCUCGCAGGUGAUUUCAAUGCGAGCAGCGGCGGCGGUUGGUUCGAGAACUGGUUCUGGCAAGCACAGGGAGAGGACGGACUACUGGACUUAAGCCACAACCAACGCACCUACCCGGCGGCAGCGCCCACGACUGCCCCGGACCAAAUCCUGUGGCGCCCCGGGAACGCCAUGCUAUUUCCGGAGCUGAUCAGGACUGCCUUAGACAGCGAAGAGAACGGCGACCAGAGCGGCCUCCUGGUUACCACCCACGACCAAACUCUGAGUGACCACCGACCACAAACAGUCUUCUUGCAAACCGAAGAAACCGAUCCCCCAAGAUCCAGGACCCGGCGGUAUAAACUGCCGCAAGACACGGCUGGUAAACAGCAGCUUACGGCCAAACUUCAUGAGAUUAGUGAGACGUUCAUAGCGAGACCAGUGGAGACGCCUGCCAAGGAGCUGGCGCGCAUCUUACUACAGUCUGUGGAAGAUGUCCUACGCCCUUACCGUCGCCUGGAGCCGGUAAGAGGGAAGUCGACGAGUCCCGCGGAGAUCGUCGAGGCGAACCUCGCCAGUCCGCACGUGCAGGAAUACAUCGAGGCCGUUCAAAUUGGCGACGAUGCAGCAGCUGAGAAAAUCCACGUCAAGAUGAAGCGUGAGGGAUGGCGGCGCUUCUUAGAGACGAUGAGGCCAGGCGCCUCAGCAACGCCCCUCUGGAAAUUUCUCGCGCGGGAAGAUGGCAGGAUGCCACACCUGCGGCAAACUGUUGCGUCGGCGCUUCGGAGACCGGAUACAACAUGGGCUACGUCGGACCGCGAUAAAGCCACCCUCUUAGGCGGCUUGCUUCGAGACAAGCACUUUGCAGCAGCUGAACACCCAGCAACCCUCCCCCGCGACAUCGGAAUUGCUCUUGCAGAGGCGCCGCCUGCGCCUGAUGUGACUCCUGGUGAAGUCAAUGCUGCCUGCGAUCAGCUUGCGGCUGGGAAAGCCCCUGGACCCGACGGGAUCCCGCAUGAUUUCUGGUCUGAGCCGCUCCACGGCUGCCUUGCAAGACUGUUCUCCAAAUGUCUCGCGGAAAACGUUCUCCCGCACCAACUAGGGGAGAUCUUAGUGAUCUGGCUAGACAAGCCUGGAAAAGAUCCAACGUCCCCUGCGUCGUACCGACCGAUCUCUCUCAUCUGUUCUGCUGCGAAGAUCCUGGAGAAAGUGAUCCUCAACCGUCUGCCAUCGGUAGCCGAGGCAGAGCAGUACGCAUACCAGCCGGGCAAAAGUUGCGAGCUGCUCCUGGCGGAGUUCGUUGAGCACGUCGACACGAAUGCGCGGCAAGGCUUCGCGCAGCUUGUCCUAGAAACUGAUAUAGCUGGCGCAUUUGACUCAGUGCCGCACACCAAGCUGAUAGAGCAGCUCAUCGAGCUGAAGAUCCCCCUCUGAUACUGCCGCUACAUCUGGUCAUGGCUACGGGGUCGCACAUACCAGUCGCUGGUGGGAAACUCUUACUCUCGCACUUGUCGCCCUCUAUGCGGCAUCCCACAAGGAGGCUGCCUCUCGCCUUUCUUAUGGAACGCACACGUCGCAGGGCUCAGCCAAAAAGUCCAAUCAAUCUCCGGCGAUGUCUUCUGUCGCUUCUAUGCUGACGACGGCACUCUGGUCUUGCGUGGACGUGAUCCGGAGCAGGUAAGUACCCUCCUCGAUGCAGUGCUACACACUCUGGAGACAGAACUUAACCGCCUUGGGCUCCGCCUCUCCCUCCCAAAGAUGCAAUGCAUGUGGCUCCGCCUUAGCACCGAGGGGAUCUACAGACGGCAGAAAGAAACCUACGGGCGCGCGGUCAAACCCCCACAGGCGCCAACUACUCCCCCAGGCUGGGAGGCCCCAGCACGCACACGAGUGCCACACGUAGAAAAGAUGCGAGUGCUCGGCUUACACUUCGAUCCGGAGUUUUCCAUGGUGUUCCACUUCCAGCACGUCGUCCGCCGAUGUCAGAACCGGCUGCACUUACUUCGGAACUUAGCGCGCCGCUCUUGGGGUAUGGACACUGACCUCCUGCGCACCACGGCAGUGGCACUGGUUGCCCACGUUGUCGGCUUCGGUCUUCCUAUCUACGGCUCCAUCUUAGGGCAAGGCUACAUGCAGGCGCUCAACACGCUUAUCCUCAACCCCGCAUGCAGGAUCGUACUUGGGAGCAACCGCACGCAACGACUGGAGAGCCUGUAUUUACUCUCCGGCAUCCCCUCGGCCUAUAACAUGUUAACUCAGCGAACUGCCACACUGGUUGACCGGCUUUGUCGCUGCUCUCGCACACCACUACGCGCAACAGUGGCCCGCCAUCUCCCCCGGAUGGGGUCUGAUGUGCCACCUCCCUGGCCCACUGAAAGGCCCUGCGCUACGCUCUCCGGUGUGGAACUUCUUGAUCGCCUUCGGCAAGAGCGUCCUGGCUGUCCCCUCACCACCCUAGUGCACUCUGCGGAGACAUACACUGUGCCUCCUGAUGCGACUACGUCUGUCACUUCGACACCCACGCAAGAAACGGACACCUUCGGAGACCCGAAGCCGUGGCUCUAUCACACCUACGCACCUGAGCUAGAACGUGCGCCGCAGCACCUGCCUGGUACCCCCACCGUGGGGCGGAAACAGUGGAAACGCGGAUGGAUCUCGGACGGCAUCGCCACACUACAGGCCAUUGGAUGGGACGAGGCCGCGCUAGAGCUCCUGCAGCCUUACCGCCCAGGACGGACAACUUUUGUAAAUUUGCACCUUCGCGCGAGUCACUGCAAGGAUACGCCUGAGCUUCUACGUGAUGCAGCUACCAGCUGCGCCCUUUCGCCCUCGUCUGUCCUCGCGUCGUGUGAUGCUUCCUUUGCUGAUGGGGACGCAGCAGCAGCGCGCGCGAUCUUCAGUGGUGGCUAUGGCUUCAUACGCACUCUCACCUGGCGAGAUGCCGCGUCCUCCUACGCCUGUGAACGUGCUGGGUGGUCCAUACUCUUGAGGGACCUAGCAAAUAUCCCGGCACCUGCAGCACCACCCUGCGAGGAGAGUACGCUCCUGCUCAUCGUCGAUGCGGAAUCCAUCGUAACCCGCCUCCAGCUUCUCACCACCAAGGGAGGAGACACCACUCGGCUGGAACGAGAGGGCCUCUGCCUCCUUGAGACUCUUUGCGCGCGGUUCACCACGGUCCGCGUACACCACACGCACAGUCAC